UCGAGGUCACUGUCGGUAAUAUUAACUGCAGUUCUGUCGAACGCUCGUUCAGCUGCUCUGAGUGCGGUCAAAGAUUCGGCCGCAAGCCACAUCUCAACGCACACAUGAGAAUCCACACAGGAGAGAAACCGUUCAGUUGCUCUUUCUGUGGUAAAAGGUUUUCCCAGAAGGGAAACUCCAUCAGUCACAUGAGGCUUCACACAGGAGAGAAACCCUUCAGCUGCUCUGUCUGUAAAAAGAGUUUUAGAUACAGUGGAGACGUUAGCAGACACAUGAGGAUCCACACAGGAAAGAAAACAUUCAAACGUAACGUUAGUGACAUGAUCAAAAGUAACAUUCACACAAGACCAGAACGAACAGGGAACUUAGAUCCCCAAAGUCAAUUAGAACCAGAUAGUAAUGAUAAACAUUCAUUACCGGAGGCUGAAGUCAGUGACCGUCAGUCGGGGUUCAACUCUGAACAUGACUCUCUGAACGCUGAGAGAUAUAACUCUGAAAAAGAGUCGUUCAGCUGCUCCGAGUGCGGGAGGACGUUUUGCCGUAGGGACCAUCUGAUGAGCCACAUGAGAACUCACACAGGAGAGAAACCAUUCAGCUGCUCCGUUUGUCAGAAACGUUUCAGCUGCAGCGGAAACAUUUUGGCACACAUGAGAAUUCACACAGGAGAGAAACCGUUCGAAUGCUCAUUCUGUAACAAAAGUUUCAGCCAGAAAGGAACUCUGCAGCUGCACACCAGAAUUCACACGGGAGAGAAACCAUUCAGUUGCCCAUUUUGCGAUAAAAGAUUUGCGCAUAAAAGACGUAUGACACUGCACAUGUCGGUCCACACAGAGGAGAAACGCUUCAGCUGCAGCGCAUGUGACAAAAGAUUCACUUGGUAUACGCAGCUUAAAACUCACAAGUGUGUCGGUGAGUCCUCGCAGCUUCGUCAAAGCCAAACCGAGAAAAAGGCACCCGUUAAGAAGUCGUUCAGCUGCACUGAGUGUGGCAAAACAUUUAGUCUGAAAGGUAAUCUGAAAACACACAUGAGAAUUCACACAGGAGAGAAACCGUUUUGCUGCUCCAUUUGUGGUAAACGUUUUAAACAGAACGUGCAUCUUACAGAACAUAUGACAAUUCACACAGGAGAAAAACUCUAUAAAUGCAGCAUUUGUGGCAAAGGAUUCAACAAGAAGUCACUUGUCAAAAACCAUGUGUGUGUUUAAUUUAUUUUUUGGGAUAUUGAUCAACAUUCUGAAGUCAGAGUUUUGUUUGUCAGAAACAUUUCGGCUGCAGCUGGAACAAUUUGACACACAUGAAAAGUCACACAGGAGAGAACCAGUUUGUGACAAAAGUUUCAGUUAGAAAGGAACUUUGCAACAUCCGAGCAUUCAUACAGGAGAGAAACCAUUUCGUUGCUCUGAUUGUGGCAAAAGUUUUAAACAAAAUGUGCAUUCAGCUGCUAUCCAUACUAUUUGAUACCAUUUUAUGUUACGCCUUUUCGUCGAAAAAAAUAAAAUAAAAACUCAAAAAGUUCUAUUUGAAUGCUUUGUUUAUGCCCUCUGGCUCCGUAUUUACCCUGAAAGACCUUUUUUUUAAACUAAUUCUGAAUAGUGAUGUUAAAAUAUUUGCAGUUGUUUGUUAUUAGUACUGAUGGCAUGUUGAAUAAUUCUUUAUGCACUGUGAAGGGACUUAUGGCUUUUAUUUUGGUGUAGUUGUAAUUUUUUUUAAUUAAAAUUUGAAU